AUGGAUGCCAUCGUAGAUGCGCUGGACACCACGGCCAAGCCCAGCCUUGUGCAGCAACAGCACCAUGGCAGAAAUCUGGUGCCUGGAGAUGAAGAGACGCUCGUCUCUGCGGCUGCAGUAGCAAGCUCGAGCACCUUCCUCCCACGAGAUCGUGCUCCCCACAGUGGAAGGGUCCGGACCGGUCCGGCGCCCCUCUUGGCGAGCGACAGCGGCGGCACGGCCUCAGCGGGGCCGCGGGCGGCGAACGGCGGCGCCGCUUCGGCGGGGGCGGGGGUGGCGCUCGGCGAGUGCGAGAGUGGCCGCGGAGGAGAUUGUAGAUAA